AACCUGUCACCAGUGUAGCACCAGCAGUGAGAGGACAAAAACGAAUAGAAAUAACGCAUUUAAAUUAUAUUCAACAAGGAAGUCAUUUCAGUCAACAACUUCUGCUGCAUUAUUUUUCCAAGAUGAACCGCUACACAACCAUGAGACAGUUGGGGGAUGGCACCUACGGGAGUGUGCUUAUGGGCAAGAGUAACGAGUCUGGGGAGCUGGUGGCCAUCAAAAGGAUGAAGAGAAAGUUCUACUCUUGGGACGAAUGUAUGAACUUGAGAGAAGUUAAGUCUCUGAAGAAACUUAAUCAUGCCAAUGUGAUUAAACUGAAAGAAGUUAUCAGAGAAAAUGACCAUCUUUAUUUUAUAUUUGAAUAUAUGAAAGAAAACCUCUAUCAAUUAAUGAAAGACAGGGAUAUGAAACCAGAAAACUUGCUUUGUAUGGGUCCAGAACUUGUGAAAAUUGCUGAUUUUGGGCUUGCAAGAGAAUUAAGGUCACAGCCACCAUAUACUGAUUAUGUAUCUACAAGAUGGUAUCGUGCUCCUGAAGUUUUACUGAGAUCUUCAGUUUAUAGCUCUCCCAUUGAUGUGUGGGCUGUCGGAAGUAUAAUGGCUGAACUGUACACGUUAAGACCACUUUUCCCAGGGACAAGUGAGGUUGAUGAGAUCUUUAAAAUUUGCCAAGUUUUAGGGACUCCCAAAAAAAGCGACUGGCCAGAAGGAUACCAGCUUGCAUCCUCUAUGAAUUUCCGCUUUCCCCAGUGUGUUCCUAUAAACUUGAAAACUCUUAUUCCCAAUGCCAGUAAUGAAGCUAUUCAGCUUAUGACUGAAAUGUUGAAUUGGGAUCCAAAGAAACGACCAACAGCAAGCCAGGCACUGAAACACCCGUAUUUUCAAGUUGGUCAGGUAUUAGGCCCUUCCAUGCAUCAUUUGGAAUCGAAACAGCCUUUAACUAAACAGCUGCAACCAUUAGAACCGAAGCCAUCUUUAGUUGAACUAGAACCUAGGCCUCUGCCAGACAUAACUGAUCAGACUGUCGGACAGCCCCAGCCAAAAACCAGCCACCAACCGCUGCAGUCCAUUCAGCCACCACAGAACGUGAGUGUCCAGCAACCUUCAAAGCAACAGAGUCAACAGAAACCACCACAAACACUAUUUCCAAGUAUCGUCAAAAACAUGCCAACUAAGCCAAAUGGCACACUGGGUCAUAAAAGUGCUAGGAGGCGUUGGGGUCAGACAGUCUUCAAGUCUGGAGAUAGUUGGGAAGAGUCUGAGGACUGUGAUUUCGGAGCCUCCCAUUCCAAGAAGCCAAGCAUGGGUGUUUUCAAAGAAAAGAGGAAAAAAGAUUCUCCAUUUUG